AUGAGCAGCAAUAUCCACGCGAACCAUCUCAGCCUAGACGCGUCCUCCUCCUCCUCCUCCUCUUCAUCCUCCUCUUCCUCCUCGUCCUCGGUCCACGAGCCCAAGAUGGAUGCGCUCAUCAUCCCGGUGACCAUGGAGGUGCCGUGCGACAGCCGGGGCCAGCGCAUGUGGUGGGCUUUCCUGGCCUCCUCCAUGGUGACUUUCUUCGGGGGCCUCUUCAUCAUCCUGCUCUGGCGGACGCUCAAGUACCUAUAUUCUCAUACUCCCCUCCCCUCCACGUUCUGGGGCAUCUGCAUUCUCGCCCCCACGCCACCCCCUGAGGCCCAGAAGAUUAACAAUGGCUCCGGCCAGGCCGAUGGCACUCUCAAGCCAGUGGACGAGAAGGAGGAGGUGGUGGCAGCCGAGGUCGGCUGGAUGACCUCUGUCAAGGACUGGGCGGGGGUGAUGAUAUCUGCCCAGACGCUGACCGGCAGAGUCCUGGUUGUCUUAGUCUUUGCUCUCAGCAUUGGUGCACUUGUAAUAUACUUCAUAGAUUCGUCAAACCCAAUAGAAUCCUGCCAGAAUUUCUACAAAGAUUUCACAUUACAGAUCGACAUGGCUUUCAACGUGUUCUUCCUGCUCUACUUUGGCUUGCGGUUUAUUGCAGCCAACGACAAGCUGUGGUUCUGGCUGGAAGUGAACUCUGUCGUGGAUUUCUUCACGGUCCCCCCAGUGUUUGUGUCUGUGUACUUAAACAGAAGUUGGCUUGGUUUGAGAUUUUUACGAGCUCUCAGACUGAUCCAGUUUUCAGAAAUCUUGCAGUUUCUGAAUAUCCUUAAAACAAGUAAUUCCAUCAAGCUGGUGAAUCUGCUCUCCAUAUUUAUCAGCACGUGGCUCACAGCAGCCGGGUUCAUCCAUUUGGUGGAGAAUUCAGGGGACCCAUGGGAAAAUUUCCAAAACAACCAGGCUCUUACCUACUGGGAAUGUGUCUACUUACUCAUGGUCACCAUGUCCACUGUCGGCUACGGGGACGUUUAUGCGAAAACCACGCUCGGGCGCCUCUUCAUGGUCUUCUUCAUCCUCGGGGGACUGGCCAUGUUUGCCAGCUACGUCCCUGAAAUCAUAGAGUUAAUAGGAAACCGCAAGAAAUACGGGGGCUCCUAUAGUGCGGUUAGUGGAAGAAAGCACAUUGUGGUCUGUGGACACAUCACUCUUGAGAGCGUCUCCAACUUCCUGAAGGACUUUCUGCACAAGGACCGGGACGAUGUCAACGUGGAGAUCGUCUUUCUUCACAACAUUUCCCCCAACCUGGAGCUUGAAGCUCUGUUCAAACGACAUUUUACUCAGGUGGAAUUUUAUCAGGGUUCAGUCCUCAAUCCACACGAUCUUGCGAGAGUCAAGAUAGAGUCAGCAGACGCGUGCCUCAUCCUUGCCAAUAAGUACUGCGCUGACCCUGACGCUGAAGAUGCCUCCAACAUCAUGAGAGUAAUCUCCAUAAAGAACUACCACCCGAAGAUAAGAAUCAUCACUCAGAUGCUGCAGUAUCACAACAAGGCCCAUCUGCUAAACAUCCCAAGCUGGAAUUGGAAAGAGGGCGAUGAUGCAAUCUGCCUCGCGGAGCUGAAGCUGGGGUUCAUAGCCCAGAGCUGCCUGGCUCAGGGCCUCUCCACCAUGCUCGCCAACCUCUUCUCCAUGAGGUCAUUCAUAAAGAUUGAGGAAGACACGUGGCAGAAAUACUACUUGGAAGGAGUCUCGAAUGAAAUGUACACAGAAUAUCUCUCCAGUGCCUUCGUGGGUCUGUCCUUCCCUACUGUUUGUGAGCUGUGUUUUGUGAAGCUCAAGCUCCUAAUGAUAGCCAUUGAGUACAAGUCCGCCAACCGAGAGAGCCGAAGCCGAAAGCGUAUAUUAAUUAAUCCCGGAAACCAUCUUAAGAUCCAAGAAGGUACUUUAGGAUUUUUCAUCGCAAGUGAUGCCAAAGAAGUUAAAAGGGCAUUUUUUUACUGCAAGGCCUGUCAUGAUGACAUCACAGAUCCCAAAAGGAUAAAAAAAUGCGGCUGCAAACGGCUUGAAGAUGAGCAGCCCUCAACGCUGUCACCAAAAAAAAAGCAGCGGAAUGGAGGCAUGCGGAACUCCCCCAGCUCCUCGCCCAAGCUGAUGAGGCACGACCCCUUGUUAAUUCCCGGCAACGAUCAGAUUGACAACAUGGACUCCAACGUGAAGAAGUAUGACUCUACGGGGAUGUUUCACUGGUGCGCGCCCAAGGAGAUAGAGAAAGUCAUCCUGACGCGAAGUGAAGCCGCCAUGACCGUCCUGAGCGGCCACGUCGUGGUCUGCAUCUUCGGCGACGUCAGCUCGGCCCUGAUUGGCCUCCGGAACCUGGUGAUGCCACUCCGUGCCAGCAACUUUCACUACCACGAGCUCAAGCACAUCGUGUUCGUGGGCUCCAUCGAGUACCUCAAGCGGGAAUGGGAGACGCUGCAUAACUUCCCCAAAGUGUCCAUAUUGCCCGGUACGCCAUUAAGUCGGGCUGAUUUAAGGGCCGUCAACAUCAACCUCUGUGACAUGUGCGUCAUCCUGUCAGCCAAUCAGAAUAAUAUUGAUGACACUUCGCUGCAGGACAAGGAGUGCAUCUUGGCGUCACUCAACAUCAAAUCUAUGCAGUUUGAUGACAGCAUCGGGGUCUUGCAGGCUAACUCCCAAGGGUUCACACCUCCAGGAAUGGACAGAUCCUCGCCAGACAACAGCCCAGUGCACGGGAUGUUACGUCAGCCGUCCAUCACGACGGGGGUCAACAUCCCCAUCAUCACUGAACUAGUGAACGAUACUAAUGUUCAGUUUUUGGACCAAGACGAUGACGAUGACCCCGACACAGAACUGUACCUCACGCAGCCAUUUGCAUGCGGGACAGCAUUUGCCGUCAGCGUCCUGGACUCGCUCAUGAGCGCGACAUACUUUAAUGACAAUAUCCUUACCUUGAUCCGGACCCUGGUGACGGGAGGAGCCACGCCUGAGCUCGAGGCUCUGAUUGCGGAGGAGAAUGCCCUUCGAGGGGGCUACAGCACCCCGCAGACACUGGCCAACAGGGACCGCUGCCGCGUGGCCCAGUUAGCGCUGCUGGAUGGGCCCUUUGCGGACUUGGGGGAUGGUGGUUGUUAUGGUGAUCUGUUCUGCAAAGCUCUGAAAACGUAUAAUAUGCUUUGUUUUGGAAUUUACCGACUGAGAGAUGCUCACCUCAGCACCCCCAGCCAAUGCACAAAGAGGUAUGUCAUCACCAACCCCCCGUAUGAGUUUGAGCUCGUGCCGACGGACCUGAUCUUCUGCUUAAUGCAGUUUGACCACAACGCCGGCCAGUCCCGGGCCAGCCUCUCCCAUUCCUCCCACUCGUCCCAGUCCUCCAGCAAGAAGAGCUCCUCCGUCCACUCCAUCCCGUCCACGGCCAACCGACCGAACCGGCCCAAGUCCCGGGAGUCCCGAGACAAACAGAAGUACGUGCAGGAAGAGCGGCUCUGAUAUGUGUAUCCACUGCCACCGUGUGUGAAACUGUAUCUGCCACUCAUUUCCCCAGUGGGUGUUUCCAAUAGUAACUUUCCCCAUUUUCCCCUGUAGUCCCCCCCUUUUUUUUUUUUACACAUAUUUGCCUAUGGAUGAUAGUGUGCAUGUGGUUGUCAUUUUUAUUUCACCACCAUAAAACCCUUGAGCACAACAGCAACUAAGCAGCAGGACCAAAAGUUAGUUAUGAUUCUAGGGGGGCGAGAACCCGAAGGCACGCUCCAGACAUAAAAAGCUCCCUGCGGGACCGAGGUCGCAGGUUAGCGGAGCCCUUGCGAUUCCUGUCUCUGAGGCAGAGCAAGUGACCUAGUUAGUUCAGUGGCUGUAGAAGAAAAGCUCAUCUGACUGAUCAGGAUUAUCAGGGUGCUUUGGGUUUUGAUUUUGUUAUUGUUUUCCUUCCCUCCUUCCUUUCUUUUUUUACAUACAUGCAAUCAUAUAGACACACGUGUUUAUUUGCAACAAGCAACCAAAAAGGAACAGAAACAUACCGAAUGUUUCCGCUCUCUGGGCCGAAGGAUUGCGAAGCUUUUGCAAAGCGUUGGCCAUUUGUGUGGAUGGUGAUGAGGCGCCUGCUUGCUGUGAGGGAGCGUCGAGCUUUGCCAGCUCCUCACUGAGGGCUUUCGUCCCAGAGCUGGCUUCCUUGGGGAGUUCAGAUGGAAGUUUCUACCCUCACGGUGGAGGGAGGGAUCGCAUUCCGUUCCUGGGUGUAUCAAAUUCUAGUCAUUUAAUUUAAGUGCAAAGGGGAUUGCAUAUUAAAUUGUUGUUCUGUCUCCUAACGCUGCCAUAUGAAUAGCUAUUUUUUUCCUUCACUUUUGACAUUUGGAAUGAAAAGCCAUAUGUAUCAUAAAUAUCAGAUGUAAGUCAUUAAAAACUGCCUUCCUGGGACUUUUACAUCUUUUAAAAGGUGAAUUACUUACCUUAUGUACAGAAUAAAUAAUGCUCAGGAAAGAGCAAGUAUUUUUCCACACGUUCUCAGGGGACCUUUUUACUCCCCUCUAUUUGAUUAGCUAGGGCCCCCACGCCUGGCAGGAGCGAGGGCCAGGGCCACGCUACCUUGAGAGGAAGGUAAGCCAGGAGCAGAUCAUUGUUUCCUUCAGAGCCAACGUGCUAAAUAAAUCAGGUUGUAGGAGGGGCAAGCCACAGUUGACUCAACAAAGACAAAAGCCAGCUACCACCUUACACUGUUGGUAUAGCUGCGUGACGCUGGCUGUCCCAAAGCAGAAAGCUGGUGAGAAAAAUCCCUCAUCAAUUUCUUUUUCGCAGCCAAUUCACUUAGGCAGGAGGACGGUCACAGAGAACUGCUCCUUGUCAUCUGGACAUGGGGAGGGGGAGAAGAGUACCACAGUGAGCCAAACACAUUUUGGUAUAAUUAUUUUUUCUUUUGUUUUCUUUCUGUCUUUUUACCAGUUAGUAAGCAUGAGAGGAAAGGUAGAAAAAUACUCUUUUUUUUCCAAUAUACAGUUGUCAGAUGUUUUAUGCAUGUAACUUAUGCUUCAGGCAGUCCCGUAGUUGUUAAAAAUCGGCCCACUGGGCCUUCACCGAAGUCUUAUCUAGAUGGACUAGCCCUGAGCUGGUAGAUACAUACUUGAAAUGUUUACUUAAAAAAAAAAAAAAAUUCCAUCCAACAGAAUAGGGGUGGAGG